CAAACAGCUAAAAUUCUCCAGUGUUAAAUUCGCGAGAUUUGUAAUUGGAGAUUUUGUGAUAGAUCAACAAUGUCAAUGGAGUGUGUGGUUCAAGGAAUCAUUGAGACACAGCAUGUUGAAGCGCUUGAGAUUCUUCUUCAAGGUCUUUGUGGUGUUAAACGCGAACGUUUAAGAGUUCAUGAGUUAUGUUUAAAAAGUGGCCCAAAUCUUGGUGUUGUGUCUUCAGAAGUUAGGCUGUUAUGUGAUCUUGAUCAACCAGAACCCACAUGGACGGUUAAACAUGUUGGUGGUCCGAUGAGAGGUGCAGGAGCUGAUCAAAUCUCUGUUAUGGUUAGAACUAUGAUUGAAAGUAAAGUAAGCAAGAAUGCUUUGCGUAUGUUCUAUGCACUUGGUUAUAAACUAGACCAUGAGCUUCUAAAAGUCGGAUUCGCCUUUCAUUUCCAACGGACUGCGCACAUUAGUGUUUCUGUAUCUUCGGUUAAUAAGAUGCCUAAAGUUCAUGCUAUAGAUGAGGCAGUUCCUGUAACACCUGGGAUGCAGAUUGUUGAUGUUACAGCUCCUGCAACACCUGAGAAUUACAGUGAAGUCGCUGCUGCGGUUUCAUCUUUCUGUGAAUUUCUCGCCCCGCUUGUUCACUUGUCGAAACCGUUUAUUUCCACUGGGGUUGUGCCAACCGCUGCUGCGGCUGCCGCAUCUCUUAUGUCGGAUGGAGGAGGUACUACAUUGUAAGAAGUUUGAAGUUAAAGCAACUGUUCUUUGUGUUCUCUCAUGUUAGAUCUUUUGGUCCAAUCUAGUCAAUUUUUUUUCAAAUCACACAAUGGUUGUAGAAUCUUGUGAACCAUUAGAGUUGAAUAUUUUAAUGAGAUCAGUUAGCUUCUUCAAAAAUCACAACUUGCCUAA